UUUCGGAUGUCGGUUGUCAAGGUCUCAGAGCUUCAAUAAAAGGCGACGAAAGAGUAUAGUGAGCACAAACCACCCCAUCAAUCAAAAUGAGCUCUACAUCUGCAACUAAGCCUGAGAAGCUCCACAUAGCUUUGUUCCCAUGGCUUGCCUUCGGUCACAUAAUCCCAUUUCUUGAGGUUGCCAAGCACAUAGCUCGCAGAGGCCACAAGGUUUUCUUCAUUUCAACACCUAGAAACAUCCAACGCCUGCCGAAGAUCCCACAAAACCUAACCCCUCUGAUAAGUCUAGUUCAAAUCCCUCUCCCCCGCGUCAAAAAUCUCCCCGAAAACGCAGAGGCCACCAUGGACGUCCCAUACGACGCUAUCCCAUACCUCAAAAUAGCUCAUGAUGGACUGGAACAAGGUAUCUCUGAAUUCCUACAAGCACAUCCUCCGGAUUGGAUUAUUCACGAUUUUGCCCCUCACUGGUUGCCACCAAUAGCUAUCAAGCUCGGCAUCUCACGAGCCCAUUUCAGUAUCUUCAAUGCAUCAAGUCUAUGUUUCCUUGGACCAACAUCACCAGUUCUAGUGUCUCGCUAUGGUCCUAGAACACAGCCCGAGCAUUUCACUGUCCCUCCCGAAUGGAUUCCCUUUCCGUCCAAACCAUAUUUUAGGCUUUUCGAGGCCAAGAGACUGGUGGAUGGUAAUAUGGCACCAAAUGCUUCUGGGGUGACUGAUUGGUUUCGUUUGGAAUCAACUGUCCAAGGUUGUCAAGUCUACUUCAUUCGAAGUAGUAGAGAGAUCGAGGGUGAGUGGCUCGAUUUGCUUGAACACCUUCACCAAAAACCUGUAGUGCUCCCGACGGGCUUAUUGCCACCCUCUGUACCAAGAAGUGAUGAAGACGGAAAAGAUAGUAAUUGGUCCAAAAUUGCGGGGUGGCUGGACCAACAAGAGACAGGCAAAGUAGUCUAUGUUGCGUUUGGGAGUGAGCUUAAUUUAAGCCAAGAAGAGUUCAAUGAGUUGGCUCUUGGAUUGGAGCUCUGUGGAUUGCCUUUCUUUUGGGUGCUAAGGAAACCCACUCAUGGGUCUGGGGAAGGUGACUCGGUUAAUCUACCGUAUGGGUUUGAGGACCGGACCAAAGAUCGUGGGCUUGUCUGGCCUACGUGGGCUCCUCAGCUCAAAAUUUUGGCCCACGAGUCCAUCGGGGGUUUCUUGACUCAUUGCGGUUGGAGUUCCCUCAUUGAGUCGCUCCAAUACGCGCGUCCUCUAAUCAUGCUGCCAUUUAUGUAUGAUCAAGGGCUAAUUGCUAGGUUUUGGGACAAGAAGAUCGGGAUAGAGGUACCGAGAGACGAAGAGAGUGGACGGUUUACAAGGAACGAGUUGGCGAAUUCAUUGAAUUUGGUUGUGGUGGAUGAGGAGGGGAAGCCAUACAGAGAUGGAGCUAAUGAAUAUAGUGAGUUGUUUAGGGACAAGGAACUCCAUGAUAAAUACAUGGACAAAUGCGUGGAGUAUCUGGAAAUGCAUGCGCAUCAUGAGGUUUGAAUGCUACUAGUUUGGAUGGAAUUAAGAGAAGGGCUUGCGGCCCAUUCGGUAUCAUUUUGCGAUACUGUCAUUUAUUUUAUGAAUUCAAAAACUUAUGUAAUUUGCGUUCGGUGCAUUAAAUUUGAAAAAUAAGGAAAACAAAUUUUAGGAAACAAUUCAA